GAUAUUCCCACUCAUUCUGAUUUCGCUAUUCUCCUCCAGAAACGCCGGAUCUAGCAACAUCGCACACGACGAACCACCAUCCAGAAAGACACGUGAGUGGAAACAUGGCCAGCACGAGUGGGAAAUUAGAGAGUAAGGUGCAGCGCAAGAUCGAGCUCUUUUCGGGCACGUAUUUUGGGGCUUGUACGCUGGGUGGUAUCAUUGCUUGUGGUCCGACACAUACCAUGGUAACACCGCUGGAUCUGGUAAAAUGCCGCCGACAAGUCGACGACAAGCUGUACAAAUCGAACACACAGGCAUGGAAAAUGAUCUACCGCUCCGAAGGCAUUCGCGGCGUAUUUUUCGGCUGGACGCCCACAUUCGUCGGAUACAGCCUCCAAGGUGCUGGAAAGUACGGUUUCUACGAAGUGUUCAAGUACCUAUACGGCGACCAGCUUGCGCCCGGGGUGAAUAAGACCGUCAUCUACCUUGCUGCCUCCGCGUCUGCCGAGUUUCUCGCAGACAUGGCGCUAUGUCCGUUGGAAGCGAUCAAAGUGCGGAUGCAGACCACGCUGCCGCCGUACGCGCAUUCGCUCAGAGAAGGCUGGAGUAAGAUCGUUGCACAGGAAGGCGUUGCCGGGUUGUAUAAGGGAUUGUAUCCGCUUUGGGGACGUCAGAUUCCAUACACCAUGGUCAAGUUCGCGACGUUUGAGAAGACUGUCGAGCAGAUCUAUAAGACGUUGGGCAAGCCAAAGGAGUCGUACAACAGCCUGCAGCAGACUGGCGUGUCAUUCUUGGGUGGUUACAUUGCGGGAAUCGGAUGUGCGGUCAUCAGUCACCCUGCCGAUGUCAUGGUGUCGAAAUUAAACAGCGACCGCAAAGCUGGCGAGGGCGCAGGGCAAGCGCUGACGAGAAUUUAUGGCAACAUCGGUUUCCGCGGUCUCUGGAACGGACUCCCAGUCCGUAUUUUUAUGAUUGGCACCUUGACCGCCUUCCAAUGGCUCAUCUAUGACUCGUUCAAGGUCUACCUCGGCCUGCCGACUACUGGAGGUCAUUAGUCGAGUCAAGCCCUGGGAUCCCAACGGCCCUUUACCGGCGAUAGCAGUUGCAUGGGGAAAUGUGGGCGAUCGGUGGAAUACUCACGCACACGGCUGAGGCUUCGGCAGUUGAGAUAGGCUGCCAAGUAAUGGUGAUGACACUGAUCGUGUACUAGAGACUAUUCAUUCCGGGCUGACCCUAGAGGUUUAUCGGAAUUCGCAAGGCGUUCAGAAGCGGCACGGGUGCAAUACUUGUUAAUAUAAGCUCACUGCAAUCGGCUACAACAAACCUGGGCAGGCUGUUUCUCGGUGAUAGGAACAGGGAAUUCCGCUCACAUAUCGGCUUAUGGAGACCGGGAUCAGCUCCUCUUGAUCAGAGUAUCCUGGCUCUUCCGACAUUUACCCUCUAAUCCCUGCACAACUACGCG